AUUGCGGCGCGCGCUUGGCCUAGCGGGCGGCGGGCGCCAGGCACGGUUGCAGCAGGCACCAUGGGCGAGAGGCCGCGGCCCCCGGGCGGCGCGGUGUCCUCGGCCGCCUACCCCGACACCCCCGCGGAAUUCCCUCCGCACCUCCAGGCGGGCGCGAUGCGGCGCCGCUUCUGGGGCGUAUUCAACUGCCUCUGCGCCGGCGCGUUCGGGGCCCUGGCCGCCGCCUCCGCCAAGCUGGCCUUCGGCAGCGAGGUGAGCAUGGGUUUAUGCAUCUUAGGCAUUAUCGUGAUGGCGAGCACCAAUUCUCUGAUGUGGACCUUCUUUAGCCGGGGCCUCAGUUUCUCCAUGUCUUCAGCCAUUGCAUCGGUCACAGUGACUUUUUCAAAUAUCCUCAGCUCGGCCUUUCUGGGCUAUGUGCUGUAUGGAGAGUGCCAGGAGGUCUUGUGGUGGGGAGGAGUGUUCCUCAUCCUCUGCGGACUCACCCUGAUCCACAGGAAGCUCCCGCUCACCUGGAAGCCCCUUCCACACAAGCAGCAAUAGCACCACUUGGCUGGAUGAACCAGCUGGAAAGAUCACGAUGGUGGCCCAGCCUUGGGUUGGCAUGUGGGACUGUGUCCGAGGGCAUCUCAGGUGUGCAGCCUGACCAUCAGCCAAGGGAAGAUGCCAGGCCUUUCAAGAGAAGCAGGCGUCUGACGGAGUAGGCUUAAAGGUGGACAGCUCUGGCUCUGUAAGGAGAGCUGCAGCCACAACAGUAUUCUGCCAGAGAAGCUUUUUGAUCAUCUGUACAGUGCUUUGGAUUCUUGCUCCCAGGCCCACCCCAGUGAGCCUUGGCAGAUGCUGGAGAUCCUGCGGUUGGUCUGCUUUGUGUAUAGUACUUAAAACCGGCUGCAGUUACUGUCCUGUUGCCUAACAAAAGCCAGUCAUGUAAGUCAAGAAGCAGUGACUGGAGGGGCUUUCUAGCAACUCCAUGCUGAUGUAUCAGGCCGUCUAUGUCAUGCUUAUAUAUUAUGGCAAGAAGAGGAAAACUGGGUUAAUAAAUACUGUUUUGUAAGUUAAAACUA